AUGGGAAAAUCAAUCCUCCUCAUUAACGGCCCCAACCUUAACCUCCUGGGUACUCGUGAACCUCAUAUCUACGGCUCAACCACUCUCGCAGAUGUCGAAGCCUCAAGCAAAGCCCACGCUGCUUCAUUAGGAGCUACUUUGGAAACCUAUCAGUCCAAUCACGAAGGCGCAAUCGUUGAUCGCAUCCAAGCUGCUCGGGGUAAUGUUGACGGAAUCGUUAUCAACCCUGGCGCAUACACACAUACUUCGGUCGCUAUUCGGGACGCCUUGGUGGGAGUGGAUAUUCCUUUUAUCGAGCUACAUUGGAACAUGUGGCUGUGA